UUACUACAUGGAUAGCAGAGUGACCAAAGUAGAGGACUUUCUGAAGACUCGCCUGCUGGACACCCUGACUGAACAGAUCACUAAAGUACUCACGGUGAGAGAAAGGCAAGGGUUGACACAAGGUCUCAGGCAGUGUCACUCAUCAUGUAAGAGUGGUUCAACAAAUCACCUCCGUUACACGUGCCUCUGCUGAUCACCUGCCCUGCUUCUCCCCUGCUCCCCUGCUGCCUGCUCCGUCCCUCCAUAGGCCCUACCUCUGUAUGGACACAAUUCUAUGGAUCUCAACUCUCAGAUCUAGAGCAGGAACUUCCCUCAGAGAGAAAAAGAAGGCCAUAAGAACCUGUCUGUCUGUCUGUCUCUGUAGGGUGGGUCGAUCGUGCUCACAAUUAAGUAAUAAUUGCUACUAACACUAUUUCCAAUAUAGUCACUGAGUCUCUGAGCUGGUAGAAAACACCCAACUCUUCUCCAUUGUAAAAGAGAGGGAAGGAUCCUCUCAAAGGCUAUUUACCCUCACUGACCCCCCCAAAGCCCAUUAAAACAAUCAAAGAAUGAUGUGUGCCGCCCUACUGUGUGAGUGUGUGUGUGUGCGUGCGCAUGUGUGUCAAAUCAAAAUCAAAUCAAAGUUUAUUUGUCACCUGCAACAGGUGUAAACAGCACAGUGAAUUGCUUACUUGCAAGCUCUUCCUCAACAAUUCAGUAUUCAAUAUCAAAGGUAAAUAAACUGAUCAUCCAAGCGUGUGUGAGCAUGCUUGUGCUGUAUGUGCUUGUGCAUAUUUGUGUGUCUGUGUAUGUUUGUGUGUGUGUGUGUGUGUCCAUUUGCUGCCAGUAGUAAUGGUUAUCUGGAAGCUGUUUAGAGCAGAGAGAACAGGUCCUCGGGACAGAGAUCCAUUUACCUGGGUUAGCUGUUUACAGCAGAGAGAACAGGUCCUCGGGACAGAUCCAUUUACCUGGGUUAGCUGUUUAGAGCAGAGAGAACAGGUCCUCGGGACAGAUCCAUUUACCUGGGUUAGCUGUUUACAGCAGAGAGAACAGGUCCUCGGGACAGAUCCAUUUACCUGGGUUAGCUGUUUACAGCAGAGAGAACAGGUCCUCGGGACAGAUCCAUUUACCUGGGUUAGCUGUUUAGAGCAGAGAGAACAGGUCCUCGGGACAGAGAUCCAUUUACCUGGGUUAGCUGUUUAGAGCAGAGAGAACAGGUCCUCGGGACAGAGAUCCAUUUACCUGGGUUAGCUGUUUAGAGCAGAGAGAACAGGUCCUUGGGACAGAUCCAUUUACCUGGGUUAGCUGUUUAGAGCAGAGAGAACAGGUCCUUGGGACAGAUCCAUUUACCUGGGUUAGCUGCUGAAGCUGGCUCCGGGCCAGCAGGAUGGGACUAAAGUUGGAGGAGAUCGACUGUCCAGUUCAGCUCAGUCCAGAGGUUCGAUCAAUCGUAUUAUUUUUUAAACUAAAUUAAACGUUCUAACCUCACAUUGCGGUCACUGAACAAAGGACAUUCUCAUUACUCCUUUUUUUCUCUCUCUUCGUGAUUCUCAUCCGCGAUUUUUCUGUGAUCUAAUCUUUUGUGGUGGUCAUAAAGAUUUAUAAAAAAUCUAUAUGAUAUUUAAUAUCCCGUCUCUCUCUUCUACGUACUCGAACAAAACAAGCUCAUCUCCCUAUCGAUCUAUCUAGUAGAUACAUAAAUUGUAAACCCCUAGCUGACCUAUUAUAUCGACUCUCUCGGUCCCCCCCCCUCUAUCCCUAUCUCUAUCUCUCUCUCUCUCAUUCUCUCUCUCUCUCUCUUCUCUCUCUCUGUGUCUCUCAGGUAGUGAAUAGCCAUGCUCCUGGUAAGAAGGUGUGGUUGAGUGGAGUAGGUCCGGCGUGGUCUGGAGGAACCAAUAACCUCUCUGAUACCUAUGCCGCUGGCUUUCUGUAAGUACAGUCAAUCAAUCUAUCUAUGAAUGAAUGAAUCAACCUGUAAAUCAAUCAACGUAUCACCUCACUCAGGCAUUAUUCUCACUUGUUUGUGUGUGUUUGUGUGUGUGUGUGUUUGUUUGUGUGUGUGUAUGUGUGUGUGUGUGUGUGUGUGUGUGUGUGUGUGUGUGUGUUUGUUUGUGUGCGUGUAUGUGUUUCAGGUGGCUGAACACUCUGGGUAUGGCAGCGAUGCAGGGGAUUGACGUGGUCCUGCGACACUCGUUUUUUGACUAUGGAUACACACAUCUCGUAGACCAGCACUUCAACCCACUACCGGUUAGUCUCACACUCUGCUCUCCUUAUCAUCGUGAAGCAGCACUGGACAAAUCAUUCCUUUAUAUUCUCACUGUAUAACAAGGGAAAGUUCAUUGGAGGUAUUGCCACUCUGGUUAGCUACUCUUAGUCCAGUCUUCAGUGUGGCUUUGGGCAGCUACUCUAGGUUCAUCACAGUCCUCUGUGGCACCUCGCGUUCUUUCCCCAGUGUUCUUUCCCGUGGGAGCUAUUAGGCCAGAUGAAAGGCGUUUAGUGGUGUUGACUGGCUGGACGAGGGGGCGAAUCACUGUGGAACCCUAGCCCUUUGUCAAGGACCAGGAUGGUGUCACGACUCUCCCCUUCCCCCCAUCACAAAAUGUUUGCCCCUCUGUGUGCAGCGCUGGGCUGGUGACAGAUCUGCACAACCUGAGCUGUAGAUGCCACAAAAGGCUGCUACUCCCCCCUCCGGUACUGUCUGCAAUGGCGCAGUCCAGUCCUGGCUCUCACCACUGCCUUCUGCGGUUGGGAUUGGACCACGCUGGAUCAGGGGUACAGGACUAUGCUCAGGGCAAGCUUUAUGCCCAACUAACCAUUGGCUGGAUGACAAGUUGAUUAGUUGAAUAAGGGGUUUUAGUGCUAGGCUGGGAAAAAAGCCUGCACACCGUGUGGGUCACCAGAACCAGCACUGAAGGAGUGUUUACUUGUUAAGGGUUCUGCCAGAGAUUGAGACAUCCAAGACUCUUUGAUCCAGACAGAGUCAGUGAUACUGUAAGGGGUGGUGUGAGGUGUGACCCAGGUACGGUGCAGGAUAGACAAUAGGCUGUAGGCAGAGAUGGUGAAACAAGGAUCUUUACUGGUGGUCCCAAAGCCACGAUACAAAACAACGGACUUAACACGAUAAAAGAAAGGUGGAGCAAAUAAGUCUCCAAAAACAGGCUGACAGCCAAAAUACAAAAUAGUAACUAUGACUGAAAUAAUAAAGAAACAGGGAGAACACUUCUCAAGUACCUGUACAUACUUCUCCGAUCAGACACUGAUUAGUACUGCUGAGCAUAGAGAAACUAGCAGAGAAAACUGAGCAAGGGAACACAGGGAAGUGAGGGCAUAAAUACACAGGUGAACAGGUAGACACAGGUGACACCAAUAGGAUGAUGGUUAGUCCAGACUGUGAGUAAGGAGGUGCCUAAGGUUGUCGGAGGAUGACACCUAGUGGGUCGCUCCGGAAGUGCGACCCCCUACUGCAACAUGAUUCAAUGCUACUGUGGCGCCAAGUUGUUAACAAUGAUUUAUCAACAACUGGUGGAUGACUAAAGAAGAUGUGGAGAACUUCUUACUUUAUUUAGCUGCUGCAGGGAUGGGUGGUGUUCAUUAGGGAGACGUCUCUAGUCAACGCUCCAAAGCUUUUUCAAACUGGGACCAUUACUGGUGUCUAUACCUGAUGCAAAGCAUGAAACAUUUACUGUGUAGACCUGACAUUGGGAGGUCUUGGCAGUGGCUUUCAACACAUUUUUACAAUGAAUUAAACGCUUUAAAAAAAGUGUUUUUAAACACUUAUUCUGCUUCUACCAACCGCACUAACGAUUCAAUAAGAACUAUGAACCGUACAUGAUACAGACAACAUCUUGGUAUCAUUAUACUCCUUAUAGUGUGCUCUAAAAUAUGUAGUAUGUCUUGAUUCUGAAAUUUUUUUUACACAUUCAUUUAUUCAACAUUAAAACAUUAAAUAUGUCAAAUAUUUCAAAAGUACCCUUUUUGAUUUUGCUCAUUUUAAAACAUAUUGUUUGGAACGAUAUACACUACAUACAUAACAUUUGUUAAAGUAGGAGGCACAGAGCACCAGGUGUCCUUGGGAAGUCUAUUUCCCGCUGUGAAGGCGAGAACAGCCAGUUUUUUUGUGACUGCUCAGGGUAGACAGCCUAUUGUUUCUGAUAUAUAUUACAGAGAUCAGCACUUCUAACUGGUCCAGGCACUAGACAGAAAAUAAUCAUGUCCAGAACUCUGAUAUACACUGAACAAAAAAAUAAAUGCAAUAUGUAAAGUGUUGGUCCCAAGUUUCAUGAGUUGAAAUAAAAAAUCCCAGAAAUUGUCCAUACCCACAAAAAGCUUAUUUCUCUCAGAUUUUGUGCACAAAUUUGUUUACAUCCCUGUUAGUGAGCAUUUCUCCUUGACAGGUGUGGCAAGAAGCUGAUUAAGCAGCAUGAUCAUUACACAGGUGCACAUUGUGCUGGGGACAAUAAAAGGCCACUUUAAAAUGUGCAGUUUUGUCACACAACACAAUGCCACAGAUCUUUCAAGUUUUGAGGUAGUGUGCAAUUGCCAUGCUGACUGCAGGAAUGUCCACCAGAACUGUUGCCAGAGAAUUUAAUGUUAAUUUCUCUACCAUAAGCUGUCUCCAACGUCGUUUUAGAGGAUUUGGCAGUACGUCCAACCGGCCUCACAACCGCAGACCACCUGUAACCAUGUCAGCCCAGGACCUCCACAUCCGGCUUCUUCACCUGCGGGAUCGUCUGAGACCAGCCACCCGGACAGCUGAUGAAACUGAGGAGUAUUUCUGUCUGUAAUAAAGCCCUUUUGUGGGGAAAAACUAAUUCUGAUUGGCUGGUCCUGGCUCCCCAGUGGGUGGGCCUGGCUGCCAAGUGGGUGGGCCUGUGCCUUCCAACGCCUGGCUGCACCCCUGCCCAGUUAAGUGAAAUCCAUAGAGUAGGGCCUAAUGAAUCUAUUUCAAUUGACUGAUUCCCUAUAUGAACAGUACCUCAGUCAAAUCUUUGAAAUUGUUGCAUGCGUUUAUAUAGUUUUUCAGUAUAGAUGUAGAAUUAUAAUUUGAUCACCCUGUUGCAGGAAAUGUAAAACGUGUUUUUGGCCCAGCACAUGUGAAGAUGUUUGGGAUGUGACCUCAGCUUAGUAUAUUAACCUGCUUCAUGGGUGGUUUGUCUGUUAAACUGAUAUGGGCCUCCGUCUGUUCUCCUCCUCUCUUCUCCCUGUUUAUAGGUCCUGGUAUGCCUCUCUUUUCAUUAUUUUUAUUGCUCUCACCCUCCUUCUUUCUCUCUUCUACGAGAUCAUGUCCUCUCUCUCUCUCUCUCUCUCGCUCUCUCUCUCUCUCUCUCUCUCUCUCUCUCUCUCUCUCUCAGCUGUAUACAUUGUUGGAUACACCCCUGGAUUUCUGACACGUGCUAGGCUCUGUCUCUCUCUAUAACAGUAAAACGUUACGUAUGUGGCUAAAGUGCAAUCCCAGUUCAUGUAAUUACACUACACUGUAGCUGCCAAAGAGUGUGUUUACUGUGUGUUUAUUCCAAUUAUUUACUCUCUCUAGGAUUCCAGAGUUUAAAGACACAGAAGGCUGUUGAAAAGAUACUGCUCUGGUUUUCUGUGUUUUCUGGUUGAUAAAAUGGUUAUGUUGCUGUGUGUUACUAUUAUUUACUGCAGGUUUCCACAUUGCUUUUAUACCUGCCCCUAAUUAAAACGGACUGCACAUUGUUAACCCCUCUCUUAAUACAGUCACUGUAAAUAAAAACAUUAACCCUCCCUAAUUAGAAGCAUUCUAACACUAAUGGCCAAGCCCCUGUACUGACAGCCUAACGGUUAACCUUGCACUUUUAUCUGUAAAGGCUGCAGAGUUAACAAGGUCUCAGUCUCAUUUAGCCAGCUCAGGUAGAUGCUCAGGGAUUCUUUUUUUCUACUCUCUCUCUCUCCCUCCCCUCCUCAUCUCCCGGUCCACUGCUGUUUCUUCAUCCUUCCAUCUUUCCCUCGCUCCUUCCUUUUCUACCUCUCUACAUCCCUCCCUUCUCACUAGGUAGAUGCAGAGGAUUCUCCCCCCAUUCAUCUCCUCCUCUCUAUUGACUGCAACGUUUCAAACACAAGGUCUUUGCCAUCCAGUUGUUUCUCACAUCUAUACUUUCUAUACACUGCACCUGGAAGUGUCUGCUACUUGUACACUACCCAGUUAUCACAUUUGGUUCCUUGGAAGUUGUGGGAACAUAUGAUUUUGGUUUCACAUUAGUUGUGGGAACGAAGCCCUACGUUUCCUGGGAACAUUACAUUUACAUUGCAGGGAGGUUCUGAUAAUGUUUUACUCUGGUUGCUUAAACGUUUUCCUGGGAGUUUUUUUUUAAAGCUCUGAGAAUGGAAAUUAAAGGUUAUUUGGAGGUUUUUGAAUAACUUCCUUAAAACUUUGACUGAAUGUUUCAAUAAGACUUGUAAUAACACUGAUAGCUUAUUGUGGUUUAACUUUUUUGAACUCCAAGCACAGAUUUGCUUAGGCAUUAAUCAUGCAAACACAAAUGUUUUAUUGUGACACAGCAUCAGUGCGAUUCGAACCUAUAAUCUUCUGUUCACUAUCAAUGGAAUUAGUCCACUGCGACACCAGGAUGGAGCUAGCAUGCUAUGGGUAUUUUACGCAUACAAAGCUGUUCAUUUUAGUUUGUUCAAACAGACCCCAUUUCAAAGGAAACAAGCACUCAUUAAGAUCAGGUGUGGCCAAUUAGUGGGCACGGCUAACACACCUAAUCACACUUAACAAGAUAGAGGAUAGAGAGUUUUGUUGAUGCUGAGAAUGGAAUGUAUAUGUUUUUAAAUAACAUUCUUAGAAUGUUCUCUGAACAUUACAAACAUUUUCCUGUGUUUUUCAAGAAAAGUUUUCUUACAUUCUCAGAACAAUUUGAGAACAUUACUUUAAAUAGAACCAUGAGGAAACCUGUAGGAAACGUUAUGCUGAAGUACUGAAAUUCCCACAGAAGAACAUUGUUUCUUAAUGUUUUCUCAGAACAUUCCCAAUGUCAAACCAGUUGGAGAACAUUCCUAGAACAUUACCUAAUUUGUAUUUUAAUUACAUUUAACCAUGUUUGAACUUUUAGGAAACGUUCUGUUAAAGUAAUUAAAUACCAAGAAAAAAACGUUUUUUUUGUCAAGUUACUUAAAUGUGCUGAAAAUGUUCCAAAGCCAAGCAACUAUACUGCACCAUUCCCAGAAAGUUGUCGGGAAGGUAGUAUGAAAAAUAAUCACAGGACAACAAAGCUCUAAGAAACAUAUGGUUCUCAGAACGUUAUGUGCUAGCUGGGUACUUAUAAACUGAUCUCUUCAAACUAUACCCCAUUCUCAGGGUGGACUAUCCACUAUCCUUCCCUGAGUGUAUUCUCUCCCUGAUCCUCUCCCUGCUCUCCAGAUGUAUAACUGGGCACAGCCUUUAGACAUCUCAUUGACAUCUCCAUCUCUCUCUGUUAGUAAAUCAGAUACACACGAUUGCCUGGUUAAACCUGCUCGUUAAUCACAGCUCUGACUGAUCAGACAGAGACAGACCUCUGUGGAGGUCAGGAAGUUUCACUGACCUAAUGGGUUUUGUCUCUUGGAAACCAGGUUAGGCAAAUCUAUGUAGACUGAUAGACUCAUAGAAUAUGAGUCUCUAACAUAGAAUACCAGGCUUCUUUACAGACAGACACAGUGUAAAAGGAGAAUAAAAUAGUGUCCCCAGUGUUUGAUAUUAUCUCUCUUUCUAGCUGGCUAGAGAGAGGCACUCGUAAUCACAGUCUACACUCCAAGGCUCUCACCCCAAGAACCACAGUCUACACUCCAAGGCUCUCACCUGAAGAACCACAGUCUACACUCCAAGGCUCUCACCUGAAGAACCACAGUCUACACUCCAAGGCUCUCACCUGAAGAACCACAGUCUACACUCCAAGGCUCUCACCACAAGAACCACAGUCUACACUCCAAGGCUCUCACCCCAAGAACCACAGUCUACACUCCAAGGCUCUCACCCCAAGAACCACAGUCUACAUAGUCUAAAUAUACAGAUUUCUUCAUAAUAGUGUCUGCUCUGUUCCUAGCGGCCCCUGUCUAUAGCCCGGUCUAUAAGCCUGUCUAUAGGCCUGUCUAUAAGCCUGUCUAUUUGUCUGUCUAUAGCCAAAAUUGUACACUUCUGUUCUGUACUCUUACAGUACUCUGGGCUCUCCCAAUAGCGGAGCAGCAAAUUAAGUUAAAGCUUGGCCUGCUGGAAAAAAAUAAACCCUUAAAUGUUGCCAUAUGCAGGAUUGCAUGGGAACUUCCUGACACACACAUGUUGUUCAGAACCUCUGGUGAGGUGUUGAGUCUGGGGAGAGGGGAGAGGGGCAUGACAGGGGAGAGGAAAGGACAGGAAAGGAGAGGAGAGGAGAGGAGAGGAGAGGAGAGGAGAGGAGAGGAGAGGAGAGGAGAGGAGAGGAGAGGAGAGGAGAGGAGAGGAGAGGAGAGGGGAGGGGAGGGGAGGGGAGGGGAGGGGAGGGGAGGGGAGGGGAGGGGAGGGGAGGAGAGGAGAGGAGAGGAGAGGAGAGGAGAGGAGAGGAGAGGAGAGGAGAGGAGAGGAGAGGAGAGGAGAGGAGAGGACAGGACAGGACAGGACAGGACAGGACAGGACAGGACAGGGGAGAGAGAGCAGAGAAGAGAAGAGGAGAGAAGGGUAGAAGAGGAGAGAGAAAAAGAGGAGGUGCAGAGACCACUGUAAAGUUGUGUGCUUUGCUCUGCAAGUGGGUUGGCGUGUGAAUACAUGUCCAAGGCUCCCAUGUCUUUGCUGAGAGGGCAGGGUAGUGUGCUAUUCAAUUGUAUUUUUCAUUUCAGAAUUUCCACCAUGUUUUUUUCCAGGCAUAUUUCAGUUAAAUUUUUUGACUUUCAUUUUAUUAGACGUUCACAUCCAUCCUGCAGCUAAACAAACAUAACAAAGACUAGUAAUAGCUCCUCACUGUGGGAUCCAAUAGUAUAUAUUAUAUUGUCUCUUUCAAUAAAGACUGAAGCAUCGGUAUCCAGCUUCUAACCCUGGUCUGGGCAUCAUUGUAACUAGACACCAGUGCAGCCUCUCUGCGAUUCCCACGUGUUCUUUUACUACUUUUAAUUGAGGUGAAUACUGUUAUAAUGUGAGAUUUGCAUUGAACUGGACACUUGUAAACACAGAGGGCUCAGCAUUCAGUUGAUUCUCUCAACACAUUCUGUGGUGUGUUAUAAUAUGAUUCUGUUCUAUACAACUGUUAGACAUAGGGGAGUGUUUUAGCACCUUUGCAACUCUACAACCCACUGUUCUGACAUACUACAUGUACAACCAGGUCUCCACCUCCAGGACAUUUAGCCCAUUACAGUCUAAGACCUGUCUAAGCCGGAGGAGGGGGGAGGGGGGGUUGUUCUACUAAGCUAUAUGGAAUUGUUUUAAGAAUGUCAUAACAAGGAUCAAAAGGAAGUUUGUUCUGAAGUAUCUGUCCUAUAUCUGAGAGGUAUAAGAAAGAUCAGGAAACAUUUCCUUUUUUAUUUGUACCAUUUUUCAAAUGGUACCAGGGGACCUUCAGAUGAGUCUUGUGAGGCCUGUGGGCGUCCUAGAGCAAAACAACUGACAUGUAGAGGGGUCAUAAUAGUUUGUAGGCCAAACCGUUUGGGUGCUACAGACGAUUUUGUGAGAAGGUCUGACAAACACCGCUCUCUGUCAUCUUUCACCGCAGAUGUGGAUUGAGACGCAUCCAAGGCAAAAAAAACAGAUAUCUCUAGCUUAAACUGACGGAUGUUUAUGGGGAUUUCUGUAUUAUGCUAAUUAGAGUUACGCGGGGGCGCCGACAUCGACUCUAGUUAGCCUGACCUUAUAUAGUUGUUGACAUGUCAAUGGCCUCAGUGGAACACUAUGGAACAGGGAAUAUCACUAUGGUAGCUCAUGCUUACUUUGGCUUUGCACUGUGUAACAGGUGUUUGUGUGUAUGUGUGUAUGUGUGUCCGUAUGUUCCAGGACUACUGGUUUUCACUGGUGUUCAAGCGUCUGGUGGGUCCCAGGGUGUUGGCGGUGCGGGUAGCAGGCUUACAGAGGAAACCACGGCCAGGAAGGGUCAUACGAGACAAACUACGCAUCUACGCACACUGUACCAGCUUCCACAAGUAAGUGCUGCAGCCCUGUACCAGCUUCCACAAGUAAGUGCUGCAGCCCUGUACCAGCUUCCACAAGUAAAAACUAUUGCCAUACACUGUACCAGCUUCAACAAGUAAAAACUACAGCCAUACACUGUACCAGCUUCCACAAGUACAAUUUUGUAAGUACAAUUUUGGCCUAAGGACAAAGAUUAGCAGGGUGGCUAAAAAGCACUCAAAGCUCAGACUUCUAUGGCUUGUUCCAUUUUCCUUACCUUUGUGUUACAUUCUCAAUAGCUUCACAGACACCUGAGGCACGGUGUCUAGUCACGGUGUCUAGUCUCUCCUGUACUAUAGCCCAUUAACAAGCCACUCUAGCCAUGAUAAAUCACAUUAAUUACCCAGUCUGCCACGAUUCUGCCUAUUCAGCUCAUAAAUAACUGUCAUCCAGACAUCUCCGUCUUUCAGAGAGGCCAGGCCAUAAAACUUAACAGGUAUCACUUAUCAGGUGUGUGAGGGACUCUUCUCUUCGUCGAAGAGGCGGCGACAGUCCUUUAUCCCAGCUCGGAUUGGUUGGAGGGGGUUUUGGGGGAGUGUGAGGGGAGAUGGAGGUACAAUAGGGACGUCUGUCCCAGAAUAGAUAAAGAGCAGCACCGUCCCCCUGUUCCCCCUGUUCAAGGUUAUCAUUUAACCCAGCCGUAUGUAGUGUAACAGGUCAGCAGCAGAGCUUUCAGCACCAGGCUAGACUUACUGCCCUCCGUCCUACCUAUACACACACGGCUCAGUUACAUCUGUUCACUUGGCUCCACACACUACAUUAUCUAAAUGUAAUAACUAUGUUCUAUAUUUUUAUUGAAUAUACAAUAAACACAUAUAAGCGUUUAUCAGUCUUCCGUCUUUGCUGGUGAACAUUUUAUUUGAUCUCUAUCCCCAGGUCAAAGCCAUUGGAUGUGUCUCUGGGCUAUUCCAUCUCAGUUGCAGGUGUGGUGUAGAGAGCAGUAGCGUAAUGAUACACUCAAGGGACUCGGUAUCUACUGAUACAGAUACAAACACACCUCACAUCUGAUCUGUAACCCAUGGUGUGGCCUGUUGACAGAUCUGCAGAGAUCUGAAAUAGUUGUCAUCCAAUGCUUUCCAUCUGGCACCUGGAAGGAUAGGACGGUGACUAUCGCCUCUUAUGAUGGGAGCCCGUAACCCCUGGCACAGAACUUAUAUCUGGAUCUCAACAUUCAUCCUCUUUUCACCAGUUAGCGGUUUCAGUACUCUUUUGCCAUCAAGGGUAUUGUAUUCUUCUAGCCAGUUAGCCAUUUAGCGGUUUAAGUACUAUUUUGCCAUCAAGGGUAUUGUAUUCUUCUAGCCAGUUAGCCAGUUAGCCCGUUAGCGGUUUCAGUACUCUUUUGCUAUCAUGAGUAUUGUAUUCUUCUAGCCAGUUAGCCAGUUAGCCCGUUAGCGGUUUCAGUACUCUUUUGCUAUCAAGAGUAUUGUAUUCUUCUAGCCAGUUAGCCAGUUAGCAGUUUCAGUACUCUUUUGGUAUCAAGGGUAUUUUAUUCUUCUAGCCAGUUAGCCAGUUAACGGUUUCAGUACUAUUUUGCUGUCAAGGGUAUUGCAUUCUACUAGCCAGUUAGCUAGUUAUCAGUUUCUAGCUUUCCAGACAUUUAGUGGUUAGCAUGGUCUGUUUCACUCUGAACCAAUGUUCCAGCAUCAAACAACGUGAAGGGUUGUUUACAUUCCUGCUUCUAAUACCUCAGAACCUCAUCGUUUUGAAAUCCUGGACUGUCUCUAUCCCUCUCUCCAUCUCUCCGUCUAAUCUAUCGGUAUCUAUCCCUCCAUCUCUCUCUCUGUCUGAUACAUCCCAGCCCUGAGCGAUGUUUGGCAUAAGGCUUCAAUAGUUGAGCAGAAUAAAUACUCCUGGGCUGACCGAUUACACUGUCUGACACAAAGACAGACAUACAGACAGACUUUGGUUUCUGUAUACAGAAUUGACCAACCCUGAUUCUAAUCUGUUCUCUGUCUAUGUGUCUAUGUUAGCAUUUUUCAAGUCACUUGAAUCGGCUCUCUGUGGUUCUGCUCAGCGUUUCCUUGUUGUACGAUGAGGUGUAGAAACAGAGAGUGAACAAAAACCUGAAGCCGUGGGAGAUGGAGAGCGAGAGAGAUGAUGGAGAUAGAGAGAUGGAGAGAUUGCUAAUCAGAGAAGGAUUGCCAGUCGGCCUGUCUGACAAAGCCCAACCCUGACCCUUAACAAUGUGGUCCUCUGAAACAUAUGGUACACCCACACACCACACACACACACACACACACACACACACACACACACACACACACACACACACACACACCACACACACACACACACAUACGCACGCACACACGCACACACACACACACACACACACACACACACACACACACACCACACACACACACACACACACACACACACACACACACACACACACACACACAUACACACACACACACACACACACACACACACACCACACACACACACACACACACACACACAUACACACACACACACACACACACACACACACACACAAACACACACACAAACACACACACCCUGAAACAUAUGGGACCACUCCAGUUGUGUUGAUCCAGCCUUCACAUUAGACAGCUUAUUACAUUUUAUCAUGUUUUUCUUAUCUUUCUCUGGUAGAUAUUUACCUUUGGCAAAAAUCCCCUAAAUCCUCUCCCCAGCACUCACAACACACGCAGUGUUGUCUGUGUAAUUCUAGGAGGUCAGUCACACACUUUCACACCCUCCAAUUGAUCCCUAAUGUGAUGUGAGUAGGGACUACAGGUCUUAGGUCUUGAGCAUAUCAAAACAUAUUAGAUCCCUUCAAUCUCAUCAUAUACCACAGUGUUAUGAAAUGUACUGUAAAUAUCUAGAAAAGGGGCCAAGAGGGCAAUGGAAGAAUAACAUAAAAUACCGUUUUAUAUGGAUUUAUAUACUAAAAAUAAAUAAUAGGUUUAGGAUUCUUAUAAAGAUAAAUAAUAGAUUACAGUGGGUUUAUGGAAUGCUUCGAACACGUUGAUUUACCAUUUUACCAUUGUUAUUCUUUCACAAGAGUGGUUUGAUCCUGUUAUUACAGUUUUUGCCUAUUGCUUACACACUUUUUGCAGAAUUUGGCUCAUUAUGUCAAAACUCAACACACAAGCCAAUCAGACAUAGCACUUGGAGAUUAACAACUCACAUAUUUGCCAAAAUGAAACACUGCAAUCAAAACUUAACACUCCUUUCUAAAAAUGAAAUUCUUGCAACACAACCAUACACACAAACAACAUUUGAAUUACUCUUUCAUAUCACCAGCAACACACUGAUGGGCUUUAUAUAAAACACUGCAGUCUUUGUGUUUCUAUUUUUAUUGUCAUUUUAUUGUCAUUGUCUUCUGUAAAACUCAAAAGUAGAAUUUCUGCACUAAUCAAACAGUAUUUACAAAAACGUUUUUUUACAAAAAAACAAACAUUCUUACAGAAAUUCUUAACAUCAAAUUUAGCAACAAAACAAAAGUAAAAAAACAAAUCAAUUACUGGAUAAAUUGCUAUUGGGGGAAAAAACAUAUACUUGUUUUGUGUGUGUGCGUGUGUGUGUGUGUGUGCGUGUGCGUGUGCGUGUGUGUGGUGGGGGGCGGUGGUGCUUAUGGAUCACGCCUUCUGUUCGGAUCUGGCCACAAGACCUCGUCAACAUCACAAGCGAUGUCCUCGCGGGCUAGGCAUCGGGGAAAAUAUCGCCUUGUGUGCCGAAUCCACCCUUGGAUUGAUCCCACCUCAAUGUCUUCACAUGCCUCUUCCAUUGCUUGCAGAAGAGUCAUGCGGGCAUGUGGUUGCCAAUCAUAUACUUUCCACCGCCACGCUGAAAAGAAUUCCUCGAUUGCAUUUAGAAAGGGGCUGUAAGGGGGCAGGUAUAAAACUGUGAAAUUAUUAUGGUUGUUGAACCAAUCUCGGACCACAGCAGCCCGUUGGAAACUAACAUUAUCCCAGAUGACAACAAACCUGGGCUGCUGUGGUCUGUCCUGCACAACUGCAUGUAGUGCAUCUAGAAAUGCAAUGAUCUGUCCUGUAUUGUAGGGACCUAGAGUGGCAUGAUGAUGCAGGACUCCUUGGACACUAAUUGCAGCACACAAGGUGAUAUUUCCCCCACGCUGCCCAGGGACAUUUACAACAGCCCUUUGUCCAACUACGUUACGGCCCCGACGCCUGGUUUUGGCCAGAUUGAAGCCUGCCUCUUCCACGUAGAUGAACUCAUGUGGCAGUUCGGCGGCAUCAAACUCCAGAACUGUCUGUAACAGAAAAUAUUGAAUAGUGUUACUGAAAACACAUACAGUAACUACAAUGUCUAUAUUUUCACACAAGUAGGGGCUGGGUUGGGUGAGUAUAGACAAAAACUACAAGCUACAGGCAUACUGUACUUUCAAACUGUACACAGUACUGCAACAUCACAAUGGUAUUCCUUUACAUAUACAGUACUUCACAGCACUACCCAUUUUUGUAUAGUAUAGUUAGUACAGUAAUACUGUAAUAUGAUACAGAAUCAUGUGACACAUACAGUAGGUACAGUCUGGAGUAGAAACUUGAAGAUAUACCUGUUCUCCAGUCGGAAUGUCCUUAUUAUCGAUGCUACUGUGUAGCGACUGAGGUUAGGGUGGACUCUUUGCCCAGCCUCCCUCAUGGACAGGCCAAGAUUUAUCACAUGGUCCACCAGAGUAGCCCUGAUGUCAUCUGAUAUACGUCUCCGCACUGGUCCUCGUCCUCUUCCAUGUCCUCUUCCACAUCUGACUCCUCUCUCUCUUUGUCCUCCUCUUACUCUGACUCUCAUUGCCUCCAUGCUUGCAAAGUUCUAAAAAUGGCUUACCUGAGGCCUAUUUGUAGUGCUAAGGCUCAGACUGAUUGGUGUUCUGUUUUCUGUGCAAGUGUUUUCAGGUGUGUAUGUAAGUGCAUACAAUUGCCAGAUGUGUUUUGCAUUUUGAACAGAGUGUUUUCCCAAUGAUAACAGGUGAUUUCGUUUUUGAACAAAGUGUCUAAUGUAAGAAAACGUGUGUAGUGUUUCGCAAUAAGUGUGUUACAGAAUUACAAACAAAGUGCAAAGUUGACAUUGUGUUUAAGCUAUGGUUACACUGUGUUUAAGGUAUGCUACAAGAAGUUUAGGUAUUGAGGCUUUGGUCUAAGCAUUCGGUUUUAGUGUGUAAGCAAUGGGCAAAAACUGUAAGGCUUUUCUCUGUCUUUAAAGUGUCUAUUCUCCUGUUUGGUUAUUUAAGGUUCUAUUGUGCUUGGCAGAGGACGAUACUAUAAAAGACCUUACAGAUCAAGAUAGAGAUAGUGAGAAGAAGGGAGUGAGAGAGCAACCAAAGGUAGUCUAGUCAAAGAACGUUCUCUCGCUCUUUCUCUCUGUCUCUGCAGUGGGGGGACGGGGGGACGGGGGGGGGGGACGGGGGGGUUGAUGCUUAGUGUUUUGGGACUGAUUCAUAUCAAAUCAAAUCAAAUUCUAUUGGUCACAUAAACAUGUUUAGCAGAUGUUAUUGCAGGUGUAGCAAAAUGCAUGUGUUCCUAGCUCCAACUGUGCAGUAGUAUCUAACAAUUCACAACAAUACACUCAAAUCUAAAAGUAAAAUAAUGGAAUUAAGAAAUAUAUAAAUAUAAAUAUAUAAAUAUUCAUGAGAUUAGAAGAAGAAGAAGAAGACCAUGAAAACCAAUAUUUGUGUUUACCUUUACUGGCUUUUAAAUUUAUAAAGCUUCUCUUAUCUUCUAUUCCUUCCAGUCAUAACUACGUGAGAGGAUCCAUAACGAUCUAUAUCAUCAACCUGCAUCGGUCGAGGAAGAAAAUCAAGCUGGCGGGAACCUUACGUAACAUGACUGUCCAUCAGUACCUGCUGCAGCCCUACGGGACAGACGGGCUACAUGCCAGGUCAGUACAUAGCAGGGGCCUGACAGACACUCACACAUACAUACGCACUCUCUCCUUUCUCCUCACUCUCUCUCUCUCUCUCUCUCUCUCUCUCUCUCUCUCUCCUCUCUCUCUCUCUCUCUCUCUCUCUCUCUCUCUCUCUCUCUCUCUCUCUCUUUCUCUCUCUCCCUUUCUCUCUUUCUCUCUCUCCUUCCAUUUCUAUAUACUCUAGCUGUCUCAGUGAUCAUAUGUGUAUCUACGGCUAACAUUUAGGAGUUUCCCCACGAGGAAUUUUUAUAUAGAAAUGCAGCUCAUUUACUGCAUUUCUAUACAAUACAAAACACUUUAAAAUGCUAUUUGGGGAACAGCAAAAACUUACUUCAUCCUUCUAGCUGGCUAAGUACUACUAGCCACAGCCCUUCAACGUUAUGCAAUAGAAGUCUCUGCCGGCAGCUAGCCACCUGACUGUGAGAUGGGGUAGUUCGUUUCACGUCUCAGGCGCUCAGCCUGUGCUGCGAGAGCCGUAGUUAGCCAUUUGAGAGAGUGGUGAAUGUGCUGCUAAAAAGGCAAAUCCGGGAGGGAAAUCCAGGUGAUGCAGGCGAACAUAACGAACAAACCACUGUUCAUGAUUCCACUCGUUCGCAAAGAGGCAAGCGCGAUUAGAACUGUCCGAUCAAGAGAAUGGCGCCGGAGGGGAUGGCUGCCGUUUUACGGGCUCCUAACCAGCUUUGCUGUUUUGUGUGUUUUUUCGCAUUGUUUGUAACUUAUUUUGUGCAUAAUGUUGCUGCUAUUGUCUCUUAUGACCGAAAAGAGCUUCUGGAUAUCAGAACAGCGAUUACUCACCUCGAACUGGACGAAGAUUUUUUCUUUAAUGGGUUCGACGCAAAAUAUAUACUGUUUCUCUGAGACCAGGCCCAAAUCUCCGUCAUUCGCGUGAAGAAAAGAUGGAGGUACAGGGGGCGGAGAUCAGGGUGCCUUGUGAGAAUUUGUCGGCGAGUGGGUAACCUGCCUCUACCAUCCGUUCUAUUGGCCAACGUGCAAUCACUGGAAAAUAAACUGGAUGGGCUCCGUUCGAGACUAUCCUACCAACAGGACAUUAAAAACUGUAAUAUCUUAUGUUUCACCGGGUAACCUGCCUAAAUGACUACUGCCCCAUAGCACUCACGUCGAUAGCCAUGAAGUGCAUUGAAAGGCUGGUCAUGGCUCACAUCAACACCAUCAUCCUGGAAACCCUAGACCCACUGCAAUUCGCAUACCGCCCGAACAGAUCCACAGACAACACAAUCUCAAUCGCACUCCACACAGCCCUUUCCCACAUGGAUAAAUGGAACACCUAUGUGAGAAUGCUGUGCAUUGACUACAGCUCAGCGUUCAACACCAUAGUGCCCACAAAGCUCAUCACUAAGCUAAAGACCCUGGGACUAAACACCUCCCUCUGCAACUGGAUCCUGGACUUCCUGACGGGCCACCCCCAGGUGGUAAGGGUAGGCAACAACACAUCUGCCAUGAUGAUCCUCAACACGGGGGCCCCUCAGAAGUGCGUGCUUACUCCCCUCCUGUACUCCCUGUUCACUGAUGACUGCGUGGUCAAGCACAACUCCAACACCAUCAUUAAGUUUGUCGAUGAGACAACGAUGGUAGGCCUGAUCACCGACAACAAUGAGACAGCCUUUAGGGAGGAGGUCAGAGACUUGGCAAUGUGGUGCCAGGACAACAACCUCUCCCUCAACGUGAGCAAGUCAAAAGAGCUGAUCGUGGACUACAAGGAAAGGAGGGCCGAACACGCCCCCAUUCACAUCCAUGAGGCUGUAGUGGAGCGGGUUGAGAGUUUCAAGUUCCUUGGUGUCCACAUCACCAACAAACUAUCAUGGUCCAAACACACCAAGACAGUCGUGAAGAGGGCACGACAACACCUUUUCCCCCUCAGCAGACUGCUCAGCAUCGACCAUAAGGCGCUACAGAGGGUAGUGCGUAUGGCCCAGUACAUCACUGUGGCCAAGCUUCCUACCAUCCAGGACCUAUAUACUAGGCGGUUUCAGAGGAAGGCCCAAAAAAUGGUCAAAUACUCCCGUCACCCAAGUCAUAGACUGUUUCUCUCUGUUACCGCACGGCAAGUGGUAUCGGAGCGCCAACUCUAGGUCCAAAAGGCUCCUUAACAGCUUCUACCCCCAAGCCAUAAGACUGCUGAACAAUUAAUCAAACGGCUACCCGGACUAUUUACAUUGACCUCCCCCCCUUUGUUUUUAUACUGCUGCUACUCACUCUUUAUUAUCUAUGCAUAGUCACUUUGCUCCUACAUACAUGUACAAAUUACCUAGACUAACCUGUACCCCCGCACAUUGACUCGGUACCGGUACCCCCUGUAUAUAGCCUCGUUAUUGUUAUUUUAUUGUGUUACUUUUUAUAAAAAAGUUUACUUUAGUUUAUCUAGUAAAUAUUUUCUUCCCUCUAUCUCUUGAACUGCAUUGUUGGUUAAGGGUUUGUAAGUAAGCAUUUCACGGUAAGGUCUACACCUGUUUAAUUCGGCACAUGUGACAAAUAAUAUUUGAUUUGAUUUGAUUUGAAGAAUAUACGCUAUCUGAGCUUUGAUCAACGCUGGGAGGAAUAUUUAGAUGUUGUCCUGUAAUUGAUUUUGUUUACUGUGUACAAUAGGCUCUAUAUUUUUAGUAUAAUAUUUUUUUUCAAAUUAGAAAACAUUAUCGAGGUCCAGAUCUCGGUGUCCUCGUAUGUAGUUACACACCCAUGCACACACGCACAGACACCAUGACCCACUGACCUGACAAGUCCAGCAUACAGGAGAGAGACAGAGAGACCUAGGUUAUCAUAACACAGCUGUCCCUCUAGCUAACCUCCCUGUGGGAAACAGGGUGGGGGGUUGUCCUUUAAUAGGGAGGUUUGGAAGAUAGGAUUUGGGAUCUCUAUCAGAGAAACGUGCAUCUCUACUGAAGCAUUUUUGGUUCCACUUUAAAUAAACCGCAACUUUAAAGUCUCAAGCCUUCAUAAACCCUUUAUAAGGCCUCCAUACUGUAAAUACUUAGUGCUGGACUGAAGCAAAAACCUGCAUAGCCCUGCAGCCCUCCAGGACCAUAGUUGUCUAGAUACUAUACAGCAGGGUUCCCCCAACUGGCGGUAAGUGGGCCUUUUUUUUGCCCCCGUCAGUUUUUGGAGAAUUUUGAUUUAUUAUUAUUAUUAUAAAACAUUUAGAAUUGUCAUUGUUGGACAUAAAAGACUGUAAAAACACCAGAAAAGUAUUAUUUGUUUGUGGAGGUUAGUGAAGCCUGUUAUUCUGUGAUGAGGUGGUGAUGAAGGAGUCAGGCACAGGAGGGUAAAUCACAGAACAACAGGCUUUAAUCCGCAAAAUACAGGUUUACGCAGAAAUGCGUCAAACACACUCUAGGGCACAAAACAGGCGCACUGGAAAAUACAAGGCACACGGGAAAAAUACUCCUGUCGAUAAACAAUACACGAGUUCCACCGAGCUUCACUAACCUCCACAAACAAACAAUCCCCCACACAGACAAGGAAGCAGAGGGAACACUUAUACAAUGACUAAUGAGGGAAUAAGGACCAGGUGUGUGUGAUUGAAGACAAGACAAAUGGAGUGAAGAUAAAUGGAUCGGCAGUAGCUAGUAAGCCGGUGACGCCGAACGCCGAAACCUGCACGAACAAGGAGGGGAGGCAGCCUCGGCGGAAGUCUUGACAAUGUUGUUUAUCGUUGGACGUAUUUACAGUAGGAGCAAAUGUUCAGGAGAGGGAAGGGGUCAGUCAUGAUGUACACACACACACGCACACACACACACACACACACACACACAGCAAAGAGACAUCAAACAUCAAAACCUCCAUGGUUGAGAAUUGGCCAUAAAAUCCGAUUAGCAUAAUAGGUUUGUCCUGGCUUAUUGAAAUUGAAAAGUGAACGGUGUGGACCGUGAUAAGAAACAUCUGCUGGUACCAAAGGCCUUCCCAGAGGGGAUGGUUCUGGUCUGGAUCUGGUUCUGGUGUGAUCUGGUCUGCUCCCCCAGAGCCCUCUGGGCAGAUUAGCUGUUCUAUCAGUUCCAGUGGCCAAGCACAGCCCAAAAUCCAUUCUCCCCUUUUCUCUCUUUUCUACCUCACUGUUACCAUUCCAUACCAGUAGCACUGCUCCGCGUUGCGUCGUGCCAAAUAACAGCCCUUAGCCGUGGUAUAUUGGCCAUAUACCACACCCCUUCUGACCUUAUUGCUUGAUUAUCUCAACACAAUCAUCCUUCUUCUCCUCCCCUUCUCUCUCUCUCUGUCUGGCAGUAAUCCAUCCUUCCACAGUUCAGCCUGGUAUUCAGACACAAGGCUGAUUCUGCAAUAACGGUCUAAUGAGUGUGUGUGUGUGUGUGUGUAUUUCUACGUGCAUGCGCGCAUAUGUGUGUGCUGUAAUAACAGGUUAAUGAUGAGGAUGUGUUAGUGGUGUUACAAGGGAUUAUAGUGGUUGUUAAUAGAACCGUAAGCAGCGGAGGGGAACGCCGGCUCUGUUCUAGACUCCAUCUGGAGGUCUUACUGCUUUCACUCAGCAUAGGCAGAGCAGUGGAGACUUUUAAUAUUGUUUGAGCAACUCCAGAUGUCUAUAAAUAUGACUACAACGCAACAGCCAGCCCUAUAUAUGCAGGUCUGGCCACAGGAAAUAAAUGUAGGUAUUAAUGUGUUUUAGCAUGGCUUUGCAUUCCCUAGAUUUAACAUUUUGGUCAUUUAGCAGAAGCUCAUAUCCAAAGCAACUUACAGGAAGAAUCAGGGUCAAUUGCCUUGCUCGGUGAUUCGAACCAGCAAACUUUCAGUUACUGGCCCAACGCUCUUAACCUGUAGGAUACUGCCACCCCAAUACAAAGUGAAAUGAACCAGUGAAAUGUUACGAAGGGUGCACAAAGUUAAAGGAUUAGUUGAAAUUGAGGCUAACCAAUUGUGAAAAAUAAUGUAAUCCAUGGAAUACCCCAAAAUGCCCUUACGUUUGCCAUUAUAUUUUGGUCUCAAUAAAUCUGGUAAAUCAGCCAAUGAGGUGCUCUCUACAGGGUUUAAUGCAACCUGGUAAAUAUUGCUUUUUCACAGAACAACACAGGGGAGCCCGAACUGGACUGUAGUCCAGGGGUCUUCAACCUUUUCUUGCCCAGGGACCCCCCUCCCAGGCAAACCGGCGACCCAGGGACCCCAAUCAUAUGUUAUGUCUUGUCUUAUCAUCAGGUGAAUGAUAAUGGCAAGGAGAAGUAAUCAACAUUUAAAAAUGAAUAGAUUUGGUAGAUGGUUUUUCAUUAUUUUGACAUCCCCACAUUAAAAUUUGAAGAGGAAGUGUAAACUCUAACGUAGCUUAUUAGCUAGAAAAGGUAACUCCAAACACAUUUUCGCUAAGCGCCGAGCAGUUACACAAAGGUUAACCAUGUGAUUGCAAAAAUGUAUGUCCAAGUCAAGAAAGAUUACCAGCAGACAGCUGCACUUGCCACACUGGUAGCCUAUUUCAGGGUGCUUUUUCAAAGCCUACACUACCAGUCAAAAGUUUAGACACACCUACUCAUUCAAGGAUUUUUCUAUAUUUUUUAGAUUGUAGAAUAAUAGUGAAGACAUCAAAACUAUGAUAUAACACACAUGGAAUCAUGUAGUAACCAAGAAAGUGUUCAACAAAUCAAAAUAUAUUUUAUAUUUGAGAUUCUUAAAAUAGCCACCCUUUGCCUUGAUGACAGCUUUGCACACUCUUGGCAUUCUCUCAACCAGCUUCAUGAAUUAGUCACCUGGAAUGCAUUUCAAUUAACAGGUGUGCCUUCUUAAAAGUUAAUUUGAGCCAAUCAGCUGUGUUGUGACAAGGUAAGGGGGGUAUACAGAAGAUAGCCCUAUUUGGUAAAAGACCAAGUCCAUAUUAUGGUAAGAACAGCUCAAUUAAGCAAAGAGAAAUGACAGUCCAUCAUUAAUUUAAGACAUGAAGGUCAGUCAAUACGGAAAAUGUCAAGAACUUUGAAAGUUUCUUCAAGUGCAGUCGCAAAAACCAUCAAGUGCUAUUAUGAAACUGGCUCUCAUGAGGACCGCCACAGGAAUGGAAGACCCAGAGUUACCUCUGCUGCAGAGGAUAAGUUCAUUAGAGUUACCAGCCUCAGAAAUUGCAGCCAAAAUAAAUGCUUCACAGAGUUCAAGUAACAGACACAUCUCAACAUCAACUGUUCAGAGAGGACUGUGUGAAUCAGGCCUUCAUGAUCGAAUUGCUGCAAAGAAACCACUACUAAAGGACACCAGAAGAAGAAGAGACCUGCUUGGGCCAACAAACACAAGCAAUGGACAUUAGACCGGUGGAAAUGUGUCCUUUGGUCUGGAGUCCAUAUUUGAGAGUUUUGGUUCCAACCACCGUGUCUUUGUGAGACGCGGUGUGGGUGAACGGAUGACCUCCGCAUAUGUAGUUCCCACCGUAAAGCAUGGUGGAGGAGGUGUUAUGGUUUGGGGGUGCUUUGCUGGUGACACUGUCUGUGAUAUAUUUAGAAUUCAAGGCACACUUAACCAGCAUGGCUACCACAGCAUUUUGCAGCGAUACGCCAUCCCAUCUGGUUUGGGUUUAGUGGGACUAUCAUUUGUUUUUCAACAGGACAAUGACCCAACACACCUCCAGGCUGUGUAAAGGCUAUUUUACCAAGAAGGAGAGUGAUUGAGUGCUGCAUCAGAUGUAAUAAUCAUGCUGUUUAAUCAGCUUCUUGAUAUGCCACACCUGUCAGGUGGAUGGAUUAUCUUGGCAAAUGAGAAAUGCUCACUAACAAGGAUGUAAACAAAAGUGUGCACAAAAAUGUCUCUGAGUCUUGUUUUUCCCCCUGAGAAAAUUGUACAAAAUUGUCCUUUAUUCUUUAUAACCGUGUUAUUCAUUUGCUAUUCCACUGUGUUUAACGUCGUUUAGGCAUGGAAUUGGAAACCUCAUUGUAUUGGAUUCAUUAGCGUUCACGUUCAGUUAGCUAGUGGACCGCUGACUUACUACAGGCCCCCACUCACAGACGACGGGACAGGAAAACAUCUAUGGGAAUCUGGCAGUCUCAUGAAAAUACAGCAUUGUUGCAAAAUCUAAGUAACAUGUUUCUGAUGAAUGUUGUUUAUGUUAUUUCGUAGGGCUAUGUAUUUAUGAAUAUCCAGUCUAAUCCCCACUCCCAAAGGGGUUGAAAAUCUUCUCGGUGCUCUCUGGUGCAGACUUCAAUGAGUUUGUGAUCAGUUCCAUGCCAGUUAGUUGUAUUAGACUAGGAAUUCACCCAUGGUAGUGCAUAUCAAGUCAUGAAUUGCCUGGAAUUUAGCAAAAAGAAACCCCAACCUAGCCACUCUUCCAUCUAGAUAAGAAGGAUCACAUCUGUCACAAAACCUGUCCUAGUGUCAAGAGGCUGCCAUUAUGUAACUUUAGCGCCCCCUAGUGUUCAGAUGACUGUACGUGCAGCCUCAGAAUGACUCCUGCUCUACCAGUCCAGCUUUGAGCAGAAGUGAAACCCUAACUCCUCUCCCACCCUUCUCUCUCUCCCCCUCUCUCCCCCCUCUCUCCUAUCCUUCUCCUCUCUCUCCCCCCUCUCUCCUAUCCUUCUCCUCUCUCUCCCCCCUCUCUCCCCCCUCUCUCCUAUCCUUCUCCUCUCUCUCCCCCCCUCUCUCCUCCUUCUCCUCUCUCUCCCCCUCUCUCCUAUCCUUCUCCUCUCUCUCCCCCUCUCUCCCCCUCUCUCCUAUCCUUCUCCUCUCUCUCCCCCCUCUCUCCUAUCCUUCUCCAACUCCACUCUCUCCGUCUCUCCAACUGCACUCUCUCUGUCUCUCCAACUUCACUCUCUAACUCCACUCUCUUCAUCUCUUCUACUCUCUCUCUCAUGUCUUCCUUCAGGUCAGUCCAGUUGAACGGAGAAAGGUUGUUGAUGUUGGACAACGAGACGUUCCCAGAAUUGAAGCCUCAGACGCUGCGGGCAGGGAGGACGAUAGCCAUACCCCCUAUGACCAUCGGCUUCUACGUCAUCAAGAACAUCAACGCUUAUGCCUGCCGCAGA